AUGUACCGCUUGAAUUCACAGCAACAGCUCCUCACUUCUGCUGAGCCCGACGCCCGCAUGAUAAUCAAACCCGUAAAAAUGAAACAGACAAAGCGGCCACGGCGCAAAUUGUCAAUUUGGACGCAGGAGAAGGACUAUCAUUGGCAAACCAACACCUUUCAGACUGAUAAUGCAAAUUUGGACCAGUUUGGACCUAUUGCGUAUCCUUUCUCGCAAGGCUCUAAAUACGAUAAUGGCACCUUCCCAACCCAAGAUUCAAAAGCGAUGGUUCAGCGCUAUGAGAACGCAUUCGCAAAUUUUCAACAAACCAACUGCCGUGUCCUUGCCAAGGCGUACAUCAAGAUACUUGAGCCAAGAAAGCAAGUCAACUACCCAUAUAAUGGACGAAAGUUAGUUGGGGGUAGGAAAAUCCAGUUUGAUCCAGAGCAGACAAAGCCGCCCUGGUGGCCUUCUCUAGUGCGCCACCACGAGCCAGAUCAUCUCCCGAAAACCGAGCGUAUUCGACUCCUCAUUCACAUCGUUCGUGAGCUGCGCGUAAGCCAUGGAAUAACUGUGGAUACACUCAGAGAGGCAGAUCGGUCUAUUCGAGAUCAAAUUCGACCAAGAAGCAAAUUCAAAUUUCUUGAGGAGGUCUACAAUCUGAGAGAGGCAGAGGAAUGGUUGCUCAGUGGACAGAUAGGUAACACGUUGCUCAGAGUUAUCGUCAUUCAAGAGGCUAAUUUCUUCCACAUAGGCAAGCAACUGGUCAAACAGACUUCAAGUCCGGAAGUUUCGAACAAAAUCAGAAACCCUAGUAGUUCUGGACUUUCAGGGUGUGCCGAUAUUGAAAAAAACAAAAUGAUGUCCGUGGAUAAUUUCGCCAGCGACUGCGCACAUUUGUCUCAUGUGAACAAUUCUUUCACUUCUUUCACACAAUGUGGCACCUUACAGCGUCUCACCACGGGCCAAGACGAGAACUGCCACGACCAGGUGGUAUCUUUCCUCUACUCUCGUGAGCCUUAUAUACCUUUCCAUGUUACACCGCCCCAGUGGGGGCCCGGCUCCUUGCAGGCAUCCUCGGACAUGGCAGCUCCCUAUUACCCACCUCAGUUCCCGUAUUGGUAUGAAAGUGCCAAUGCUCUUGCCCAAAGUGAAACUCACAAUGCUGCCCACUAUUUCCCGGCUUCUAGGCCACUGUUAUCCAACAUGCCGGAAAUAGGACGACUCCCGCAAUGGUGA